GCGACACGUGCAUCCACACGUGAAACCUAAACAUAAUGUAAAUGACAAACAAAUUGACGGAGGGAAACCCAAAAUUUUCUUUUACAGAUAACGUAUAUUAAGCGGAUAUUUUACAGCUUACUUUAUAAAUUACAUUUCAGUAUUUUUUUCUUUUUUUUAUUUUAUUAGUGGACUUUUCCCUAGUUCAAUUCCAAUCCAUUACGAUUAACACAAUUUCGCAACCAACUUACUCCCUAGUCGCUAUGCUGUUUUAAGGUUUUACGAUAACGGAUUAAGACUCACUGAUUUCCCUUCGACUGCUGUUCUACCUUCAUCAUAAACUGUACCACCACUUCUAUCUCGAAGUAACCUCGUAUGGAAACAUUAGAACUGCCCAGUUUGGCUGAUAUGCAUGUUCAUCUCCGUCAAGGAGAGUUCAUGAAAAGCACCGUUCCUGGCGUUCGUCUUGGCGGUACUAAUGUGGCCUAUGUUAUGCCCAAUACUGUUCCUCCUAUCAAUAGCGUGGAUGCCUGUUUGAAGUACAAACAGGAAAUCGAGUCGUUGGACCCGAAGACUGCCUACUUAAUGUCUUUAUACUUGUGUCCAGAGAUUACGCCAGAGGUUAUUUACGCCGCCGCAAAGGCCGGAAUUAGAGGUGUUAAAUCAUAUCCCAAAGGUGCUACAACAAAUUCUGAUGUCGGCGUCGAAAGCUACGAGCCGUUCUACCCUACGUUUCAGGCCAUGCAAGAAACAGGUAUGGUUCUCAACAUCCACGGCGAGGUUCCUCCUAGCCAGGAAGGUGGUUCUGUUAUGACUGCUGAGAAGCAGUUUUUGCCUACUUUCCGUAAGCUUCAUGAACAAUUUCCAAAAUUGAAAAUCAUUUUGGAGCAUUGCUCCACGAAAGAAGCCAUUGAUACGGUUCUUGCCUGCGGCAAUAGCGUUGCAGGAACAAUUACUCCUCAUCAUUUACUUAUCACACAUUCUGAUUGGGAACAUGACCCCUUCUCUUUUUGUAAACCCGUCGCGAAGACGGAAGAGGAUCGUCAGGCUCUGCUAAAGGCUGCUACUAGUGGUAAUAGCAAAUUUUUCCUUGGUAGUGAUUCCGCUCCUCACCCUAAGGAGAAAAAGCUGGCCAACCCUCCGGCUGCUGGAAUUUUCACUCAGCCCUACUUAGCAUCGUAUCUUGCCUUCAUUUUUGAUCAACAGAACGCUCUCGACAAGCUCGAAGGUUUUGCCUGUCGUUUUGGACGCGAGUUCUACGGUAUCAGUAGUAGUGACUUGCCCAAGGAACUUAUCUUGAAAAAAGAAUCGAAUGUGCUCCCGGAAAUGUUUGAGGGUUGCUUGGUGCCCUUCCUUCACGGAGUUGAUCUCCACUGGACUUGCCGUCGUCUGUAGUUAGUUUGCCCGUAAUAAAGAAUAAAUAGAUAGACGCCAGUUUGUUUCGUUUGCAAUGGUCGUUGAGCAGCGAACAAAUACGAGAUAGAGUACUCAUGUUUUUUGUUUCAAAAUUAAGUAUUAUUCAUUAACGAAUGGUUCUCGAUCAUUAAAUUCACAAUAGCCGG